ACUCAUUGCCAGUUAUCGCAAAUGCUUGAUUGCUGUUGUUAAUGCCAAGCGUGGUCCAACCAGUUAUUAGGUUUAGGGGGCAAUCACUUUUUCACACAGGGCCAUUUAGUGUUUCCAUACUGUUUUUGACUUGAAUGGAUUCAUCCGUCAAACUGUGACGGAAAACUCUCAUGACCGUUUUUCCAAGAUGCGUGCACUGUUCCUCAUGGUCCUGUAUGCUGGAGUAUGCUACGCCAGCUCAGCCAGUAAACCAAACAAGAUAGAGACUCUGAUGGAUAAUGUUCUGGUGCUGAUGAGGUCUAAUGGUGGGAGCAGUGAGGAUCAUGUUCCUCUGAGCUGUGGAGCAUCGCAUGAAAAACAAACUCUGGUCUGGAUGAAAGACGGUGAAAUAAUGGAAAGUCUGCAGGAAAACGAGAUCGAGGUGCAGGUGAAGGAGUUGGCUGGAGGAAAUUACACAUGUCACCUCGGCCAAAAUGGAGAAUACCUCAACCACACCUUGAUCCUGGUCCAACGAGACCCAGAAAUCAAGACUGAGAUACUGGAAAAAAAAUCAACUGAAGAGGGUUCCAUCCACUGUGUAGCCGCAAACUAUAAAGGUUCUUUCCACUGCUCCUGGACAAGAACAGAGUUAAGAACCAGCGCCACUGUGCUCCUGGUAAAGGCAGAACGUAAUUCAAGAAAGAUUUCCUGUGAGCUGGAUGCUGAUGGAUCAGGGGUUCACUGCCAGGAGAACCGCUGUCCAUUCGAAGAGGAACAGCACAGAAUCUCCCUCACCGUCUACAUCCACAACUACUCUCUCCUUGAGGCCUACAGCAAGACUUUCUACCUGAGUGACAUCGUAAGGCCUGAAAAACUCCCUAACCUGCAGCUAAGUGAUGGUAGAGUGUUCACCUGGAGCUACCCUGAGUCCUGGGAGUUGCCUAGAACUUUCUAUGGCCUGCACUUCCAGGUCAAGAUAGUUAAAAAUGGACAUAUCUGUGACAGUAAAGACUCCGUAAUGCAAAACACAACUCAGGACACCAAUUAUCAGGUCAACGUCAAAAACAAUAAGUUUGUUUUUUGUGUGCGAGCUCAGGACAAAUACACUAAUGGCCUAUUCAGCCACUGGAGCCAAUGCAUAGUGAAUAAAGACAACAGUGACUGCUCCUUGGCUUAAACUGACCGAAGCCAUAAAGGAUUGGAGAACGCAAGCAUGAGAGAAAACAUUUUUCCAUCUCCAAUUUUCCAAAUUUUUCAAAGCUACUCACAACAGAGUGGUGCUGUGCUUUUGGAGUGAAUGUUUACCUGUACAGUAUUUAUUGGUACUCACUCCCAGUGAAAUAAUAACUCAUACCUUAAUGCGCUUUUUAUCUUUUAUUUAUAACUAUUGUUGAAGAAUUGUUGCUGAUAUGUGUCUUCAUAACAUUUCAUAAUAAAUUGAUGAACAUUUUAAA